AUGGGGGUUGGUUCCCAGGAUGCAAUCAAGCAGUUUCAGGCAUUCAUUGACCAAGUUGAGGAGCCUUUGCGAACAACGUUUCAGAAUGUUCAUCAAGGAUAUGUCACCGAAACUUUAAUGCGGUUUCUAAAAGCAAGGGAUUGGGAUCCUUCCAAGGCCUAUAAAAUGUUGGUUGACUGUUUAAAUUGGAGAGUGCAAAAUGAGAUUGACCAUAUAUUAUCUAAACCAAUUGUUCCUGCUGAUUUAUAUAGAGCAGUGCGUGAUUCACAACUCAUAGGAUUGUCAGGUUACUCCAAAGAGGGUCUGCCUGUCUUUGCAAUCGGUGUUGGGCUUAGCACAUUUGACAAAGCAUCUGUCCAUUAUUAUGUGCAGUCACACAUUCAAAUUAAUGAAUACCGUGACCGUAUAAUCUUGCCUUCUGCAUCAAAGAAGCACAAGCGGACUAUUACCACUUGUAUAAAGGUUUUAGACAUGACCGGUCUGAAGUUAUCAGCCCUGAAUCAGAUUAAGUUGUUAACUAUUAUAUCAUCCAUUGAUGAUCUGAACUACCCUGAGAAGACAAAUACUUAUUACAUUGUAAAUGCUCCAUACAUAUUUUCAGCUUGUUGGAAGGUUGUGAAGCCACUUUUACAAGAGAGGACAAGAAAAAAAAUACAGGUUUUAUCAGGUUGUGGUCGAGAUGAGCUGUUGAAUGUCAUGGAUUACUCGUCUCUGCCACAUUUCUGUAAAAAAGAAGGCUCUGGAUCAUCCAGACAUUCAGAAACUGGAAGUGAAAAUUGCUAUUCCUUAGAUCAUCCCUUUCAUCAAGAGCUCUAUAACCACAUCAAGCAGCAAGCCAGACUCUGUGAACCUGUUGAACCUAUCAAACAGGGCUCAUUUCAUGUGGACUUUCCAGAACCUCCAGAAGAUGAAGUUGAGAUUGCCAAGACUAUAGAGUCAGAGUUACACAAGUUUGAGAACGGCAAUGGUGUCUAA